AAAUGAUUUUGUUCUUAAUUGAUCUGGGGCAAAUAAAUUAUGGGUGAUCCAUUCCUGGAGCUGCACUUCAACCUAAAGAGAUGCACCAAGAUUGGCAGUGAAUAGUAACACUACUUCUAAUCGAGUUCCCCAAAUCACUUCUCAAUGGCCUCCUAAAAAUAGCUGCGAAAAUGCGGCCGCCUAUCCGGAACCCUAUUCCCUUCUCCAAGUUCAGACCCGCGGCGGCGGCAGCCGCCCCCCGCCUGCCCAAAGACGACGACGAAAACUUCCUGGCAGUUCUAAACGACGUCGCGCGGGGAAGUCAGAGCUGGUCCGUCGCUCUCGAGAACCCCUCCAUUUCCACGCGCCUCAGCGGGAAUCACAUAGAGUGGUUCAUCCUCCGGAAUCUCCAUGACUCCAGGUUAGCUCUCCGCUUCUUCAAUUUCCUCGGCCUUCACAAGAAUUUCUGCCACUCGACGGCUUCGUUUUGCCUCCUCGUUCACUCCUUAGUCCAGUCAAAACUUUACUGGCCAGCGACGUCGCUUUUGCAGACCCUUUUGCAAAGGGAUGAGAAUCCCGCUUUUGUGUUUCAGAUUUUUUUCGAUUCUUAUAAAAGAUCCGAUAUUUCUUCGCCGUACGGAUUUGAUUUAUUAGUGCAAAGUUAUGUUCAGAGUAGAAGGGUUUUGGAUUCGGUUGUCGUUCUCAAUUUGAUGAAGGAAUGCGGUUUGUUUCCGGAGGCGAGGACGAUGAGUGCAGUGUUGAAUGGGUUGAUCAGAGUGAGGAGAUUUGAGAUGGUGCUUGCCUUGUUUGAUGAAAUGCUUGUGAAUUCGAGGAUGGUUGCUGAUGUUUAUAUAUAUGCUGCUGUGAUUAGGAGCUUGUGUGAGUUGAGAGAUUAUGAUAGAGCAAAGGAAAUGAUCGGUUGGAUUGAGGGGAAUGGAGGGAAGUUGAAUGUGGUGAUUUAUAAUGUGUUGAUUCAUGGGCUGUGUAAGAGUGGUAGAGUCUCGGAGGCUGUUGAGAUUAAGAAUUCGUUGUGUUAUAAGGGCAUGAGAGCCGAUGUUGUCACAUAUUGUACAUUGGUGCUAGGAUUGUGUAGAGUGAAUGAGUUUGGGUUUGCAAGAGAUUUGGUGGAUGAGAUGGUAGAGUGUGGGAUUGUUCCGAGUGUGGAGGCUUUGUCAAGUGUUAUUGAUGGGAUGAGGAGAAGAGGGGAAGUUGCUGAUGCUUAUGAUUUGAUUGAUAAGGUGGAGAAAUUUGGGGAAAUGCCUAAUUUAUAUGUUUGCAAUGCUAUGAUUCACUCAUUGUGUAAAGAUGAAAAGUUAGAGAAAGCAAAGUUGCUUUUCAUGAAGAUGGAGGAGAAGGGUUUGAUCAUAAAUGAAGUAAGUUAUAACAUUUUGAUCAAUCUGUUCUGUAAAAGUGGGAAACUGGAUGAAGCUAUCAGUGUUCUUGGUAAAAUGCUCGGUGCAGGAAUAAAGCCAACUGUUUACACGUACAACAUGUUAAUUAGUGGGCAGUGCAAGUUGGGAAAAUUGAGUGCAGCUGAAACACUGUUUCUUGAGAUGAAUAAAAUAGGAUUGAGCCACACUGUUGUAACAUACACUUCUUUGAUUGAUGGCUACUGUAAGCAAAGAGAAAUGGAUAAGGCAUUCCGGCUAUAUCACGAGAUGACUGGGAAAGGGAUUUCACCUAAUGUUUAUUCAUUCACUGCACUGAUCUAUGGUCUUUGCAAUGCAAAUAUGAUGGCUGAAGCGUGUAAAAUGUUCAAGAAAAUGUCGGAAAUGAAUGUUGCUCCAAAUGAGGUAACAUACAACAUUCUGAUAGAAGGAAAUUGUAAAGUAGGCAACAUAGCAAGAGCUUUUGAGUUGUUUGAUGAGAUGUUGAAGAAGGGUCUUACACCAGACACGUUUACCUACAGGCCUCUAAUCUACGGGCUUUGUUCCACAGGUAGAGUAUCUGAAGCAAGAGAAUUUAUGGAUGGUCUCCAUGAUUUGAACGAGUUUUGUUAUUCUGAACUGAUGCAUGCCUAUUGUAGGGAUGGACGACUGAAAGAUGCACUAAGUGCUCGUGAUGAGAUGGGGGAGAGAGGUAUUAACAUGGAUCUUAUAUGCUAUGCUAUAAUUAUUCAAGGGGUUCUUGUGGAGAAGGAUUCAACAUUAUUGAUUAAGAUUUUGAAGGAAAUUCAUGACCGGGGACUGAGGCCUGAUAAUUUUGUCUAUACUAGUCUCAUCGACAAGUAUGGAAAGACCGGUGAUCUUGGGAUGGCUAUGGCUCAUUGGGAUCUUAUGAUCAGUGAAGGCUUUGCGCCAAAUGUUGUGACAUACACUGUGAUGAUUAAUAACCUAUGCAAGGAAGGAUUUGUGAGGAAAGCGGAGGUUCUAUUAAAGGAAAUGUUGAUCAGCGGGAUAAUUCCAAAUGAGAUCACGCACGGGUGCUUUCUCGAUCAUCUUACCAGACAAGGGAAUAUGGAGGAGGCUAAACAGCUGCAUAAGGCAAUGCUCAAAGGUUUCCUUGUUACCACAGUGACAUACAAUAUUCUCAUUCGAGGUUUCUGCAAGUUGGGCCGAAUUGAGGAAGCUUCUCAGACCCUAGACGAAAUGUCAGAUAAUGGUAUUUCUCCAGAUUGUAUUAGCUACUCAACCAUUAUAUAUGAAUAUUGUAGAAGAGGUAACUUGCAAGGAGCCUUCAGCUUAUGGGAAUCAAUGUUAAACAAGGAGAUUAAGCCUGAUGCAGUUGCUUAUAACUUGCUGAUACAUUCUUGCUGUGCUGCCGGAGAGUUUAAUAAGGCUUUUGAAUUUCAUAAUAGUAUGGUGAAAAGAGGUCUGAAGCUAACUCGGGCGACGUAUGCAUGUCUCAUGCAACAGACGCGCGUGCAAGAAUCACCACUUGAGCCUACCACGAGCUAGCCGUAGGCCGGAACAAUCUGGUAGUAUUGAUCUCAAAUGCUCACCCCCAAUUUUGACGGAGGUUAAUUUUCUUGUAUAGUAACAUAGAACGUCAGAAACAAGGUGAAGUCAUGGCAGAGUGUGCACAUAUCAUGUAUUCACUCCUUGAUUUUUCAAUUUGCCAUAAUAUUCGUUUCUCGAUUUACAAUGCU